AUGGCGGGGCGAAGCACCCCCUCGGGACCGCCCGAAUCGCAAUAUGGCGAGGAAUGGGCUCAGGAUCUGCGCAUCAAGUUCGAGGGCUUGCUGCGCGAUAAGCGCAUGACCGACCUGCGCACCACCUCUCGUCAUUCUUCUCCCGGCGUCACCGAACGUUCUUCGAGCGCAAACCUCCGCGCCCGUUCCGCUGCCGACAACGCCCGGCCUGCCACCGCCCACGGCCAAGCCACUCCUCCAUCCUAUUCGUGCAUCCGCAAUCUGCCCAAGAUCCCCACUGCGCCAGCCGUCGGCGACCGCGACUCCCAAAAGUUCCGCAACCUCCUCAUCAGCCUGUCACUGACGCCCACAAAAUACGAAAACCCUGGCCUCCUAGACGAGGCCCUCCAGACAAUUCCUCUCGAUCGCAUCUACGGCGAGGCCGAGGAGGAGAGCCAGGUGCUGCAGGCCGAGGCCGAGAGCAUGGGCGAUGGCCGUAGACCCGAGUGGGGAUAUCAGGACUGCGUCAUCCGGGCACUGCUUCGAUGGUUCAAGCGGUCGUUCUUCACCUGGGUCAACAACCCUCCAUGUCCCAUUUGCCUGUCGCCAAGCAUCGCCCAGGGCAUGACGGCGCCGACGCCCGAGGAAAGCGCCUGUGGUGCUCUCCGCGUCGAGCUCUAUCGCUGUUCGGCCCACAACUGUGGUGCCUACGAGAGGUUCCCGCGCUACGGCGACGUGUGGCGGCUGCUGCAGACGCGCCGCGGCCGUGUCGGAGAGUGGGCCAACUGCUUCAGCAUGCUGUGCCGCGCCGUCGGCGGAAGGGUGCGGUGGGUGUGGAACGCCGAGGACCACGUAUGGACCGAAGUGUACUCGGAGCACCGGCAACGAUGGGUCCACGUCGACGCCUGCGAGGAGGCCUGGGACAACCCGCGGCUGUACGCGGAGGGUUGGGGCAAGAAGAUGUCGUACUGCAUCGCCUUCUCCAUUGACGGAGCCACCGACGUGACGCGGCGAUAUGUGCGCAAGAACGAGCACGCCAGCGACCGCACCAGAUGUCCCGAGGAGGUGCUACUCUACAUUACGCAGGAAAUCAAAGGCCUCCGCCGCGCCAACAUGAACAAGGACGAGCGGUUUCGUCUCGAGAAGGAGGACCAGCGGGAGGAUCAAGAGCUGCGGGGAUAUGUGGUGGCGUCGAUUGCGCAAGCCGUCACGGACCUCGUCCCCGGCCCCUCGGGCUCGGCCCCCACCCGCCGGCCCCCCGGACCCCCUGGCCAUGACGUGAAGCUUCCCGCCGAACGACCUGGCCAACAAACAGGGUCCGAGGAGUGGUUGCGGGCACAGCAGCAAGCACGGAACCGGCCGUUUCAACCGCCACGCAACCCCGAUCAGCGCUGA